AGCUUAUUGGCUACCAGAAGUUCAGUUGGCGACUGCUGCUGUUGUCGUCGUCGCUCCCGACUCUGGUGGCUCGAAAAAGAAACUAAAUUAUUUGAAAGCAACACUUUCGGAGCACGCGAUCGCAGGAUAAUAUGUCAAGCAAAUAUAGAUUUGCUUCACCCACAAACCUGCCCAUGUGACCGGUGUUGACCACUCAACCAUGGAUACCACCACUUCCCUGAAGAUGACCACCGUGGCUGUCCAAAGCCUCUUCAGUUACGUGGAGGAGGAGAACCUGGCCGCCAUAAAAGCACACUUGGACAAGUUCAAAGACGUCGACAGCAGAAGUGAUAAUGGCCAGACUCCCCUGAUGGUGGCAGCCGAGCAGGGCAAUCUGGAAAUCGUGCAGGAGCUCAUCAAGAGAGGAGCCAACGUUAACUGCGAUGAUGUCGACUGCUGGACAGCGCUGAUGUCAGCGUCCAAGGAAGGCCACAUUCAGGUGGUGGGAGAAUUGCUGGACAACGAUGCUUACAUGGAACAUAGAGACAUGGGAGGGUGGACUGCUCUCAUGUGGGCCGCCUAUAAAGGUCGCACAGAUGUCGCGCUGCUGCUUCUGAGCAAAGGAGCUAACCCUAACAUCACUGGCCAGUACAGCGUCUACCCCAUAAUUUGGGCGGCAGGUCGAGGCCAUGCUGAGAUCGUUCAUCUCCUGUUGCAGCACGGGGCGAAGGUGAACUGCUCGGACAAGUACGGCACCACCCCACUGAUCUGGGCUGCCAGGAAGGGUCACUAUGACAGCGUGAUGCACCUCCUGGCCAAUGGCGCCGAUGUGGAUCACGAAGGCGCUAACUCCAAUACAGCUUUGAUUGUGGCAGUGAAAGGCGGCUACACUGAAGUCGUCAAGGAGCUGCUGAAGAGGAACCCCAAUGUCAAUAUGACAGACAAGGAUGGCAACACAGCCCUGGCCAUCGCUGCUAAAGAGGGACACACAGAGAUUGUACAAGACCUGCUGGAUGCCGGAACCUAUGUUAACAUCCCAGAUAGGAGUGGCGAGACCAUGCUGAUAGGAGCAGUGCGAGGAGGUCACGUGGAAAUAGUGCGAGCUCUGCUGAACAAAUAUGCAGAUAUUGAUGUCAGGGGCCAGGACGGAAAGACAGCUCUCUACUGGGCAGUGGAGAAAGGUAACGCCACCAUGGUGAGAGACAUCCUGCAGUGUAACCCUGACACGGAGAGCUGCACCAAGGAGGGAGAAACUCCUCUUAUCAAAGCCACAAAAAUGAGGAACAUAGAGAUUGUGGAGCUGCUGCUGGAUAAAGGCGCAAAGGUUUCAGCUGUGGAAAAGAAAGGCGAUACACCCCUCCACAUUGCCAUCAGAGGGAGGAGCCGAAAGUUAGCUGAACUCCUGCUAAGGAACCCUAAAGAUGGCCGCCUCCUUUACCGCCCAAACAAGGCCGGAGAGACACCAUACAACAUUGAUUGCACCCACCAGAAAAGCAUACUCACCCAAAUAUUUGGCGCCAAACACCUCUCCCCAACUGAAUCAGAUGGGGACAUGUUGGGUUAUGACUUGUACAGCAGUGCUCUUGCAGACAUUCUCAGCGAGCCCACCAUGCAACCACCCAUCUGUGUUGGUCUGUAUGCACAGUGGGGCAGUGGGAAAUCUUUUCUUCUGAAGAAACUGGAGGAUGAAAUGAAGACCUUUGCAGGGCAGCAGAUCGAGCCGCUGUUCCACUUUUCCUGGCUGGUGGUCUUCCUCACCCUCCUGCUGUGUGGUUCAGUGGCCAUGAUACUUGGCUUUACUGUUGAUCCCAAGCUGGCUAUCGCAGUUUCCCUUAGCUUCCUCGCUUUGAUUUACAUCUUCUUUGUUUUGGUGUACUUUGGAAGCCGACGUGAGAGAGAGAGCUGGAACUGGGCGUGGGUCAUCAGCACUCGCCUUGCCCGGCAAAUUGGCUACCUGGAGCUCCUCCUCAAACUCAUGUUUGUCAAUCCCCCUGAACUUCCUGAACAAACCACCCGAGCACUGCCUGUCAGGUUCCUGUUCACGGAUUACAAUCGGCUGUCCAGCGUGGGAGGGGAGACCUCCAUGGCAGAAAUGAUUGCCACGCUCUCAGAUGCUUGUGAAAGGGAGUUUGGUUUUAUGGCCACCAGGCUGUUCAGGGUUUUCAAGAAUGACGAGGUCCAAGGUAAAAAGUGGAAGAAGACAUGCUGCAUGCCAUCCUUUGUGCUGUUUGCCCUGACGUUUUGCUGCCUCAUUGCUGGUUUAGCCUUACUAGCAAUAUUUAAGGUGAACCCUGAGAAUCUGACAGUGAAUGCGGUGCUUAUCGCCAUGGCCAGCGUGGUGGGCCUGGCCUUGCUGCUUAACUGCAAGACCUGGUGGCAGGUGGGAGACUCUGUCCUUAACUCGCAGAGGAAACGCCUGCACAGGGCUGCCAACAACCUCCACCAGCUCAAAAGUGAAGGCUUUAUGAAGGUUCUGAAGCAUGAGGUAGAACUGAUGUCAAAGAUGGCCAAGACCAUUGAUGGCUUUACCCAGAACCAGACUCGAAUGGCUGUCAUCAUAGAUGGCCUGGAUGCUUGUGAGCAGGACAAAGUUCUGCAGAUGCUGGACACGGUGCGCGUUCUCUUCUCUAAAGGGCCCUUCAUCUCCAUCUUUGCCAGCGACCCUCAUAUCAUCAUUAAAGCCAUCAACCAAAACCUCAACAGUGUGUUAAGAGACUCCAACAUCAAUGGCCAUGACUACAUGAGGAACAUUGUCCACCUGCCGGUGUUCCUCAACAGCAGAGGUCUCAGCACAGCCAGGAAGCUCUGCAUGGCGGCACCCAGUAACGGUGACAGCUUGACUGCGGAAGGUUGGAAUGAUGAUGUUGACAGGAAGAUGUCUCAGAAUAGCCUGGCUCCAGACCAAGCCAAGUUUGGCAGCAAGAAUGCUCUUAACCGCAGGGAUACGUACAGGCGGCGCCAGAUGCAGAGGACCAUCACCAGACAGAUGUCUUUCGACUUGACAAAACUGCUGGUGACUGAGGACUGGUUCAGUGACAUCAGCCCCCAGACCAUGAGGAGGCUGCUCAAUAUUGUUUCAAUCACUGGUCGUCUGUUGAGAGCAAAUCAGAUAAUCUUCAACUGGGAUCGCCUGGCGUCAUGGAUCAAUCUGACCGAGGAGUGGCCUUACAGGACGUCGUGGAUCAUCCUCUUUUUAGAAGAGAGUGAUGGUGUGUCUGAUCAGGUUUCGCUCAAGACCAUCUAUGAGAGGCUGUCCAAGAACAUUCCUACCACCAAGGACGUGGAACCCCUGCUGGAGAUCGAUGGCGACAUCCGUAGCUUUGAGGUGUUCCUCUCCUCACGAACGCCCGUCCUCACCGCCAGAGAUGUGGAGAUGUUCCUGCCAUGCACUGUCAACUUGGACCCCAAACUUCGAGAGAUAAUAGCAGAUGUACGCGCGGCCAGGGAGCAGAUGCACGUGGGAGGGGUUACGUAUCCCACCAUGCCUUUGCAAGAGGCAGUGGUGCCCCGUGCGCAGCCGGGAUAUGGCCAGCACACAGCCGCCUGCUCCCCCGCUGGCUCCUUCGCCGGGUCCAUGCCGCCUCAGCCGCACAGUGCUUAUUUCAGUGGGAUGACUGGUCCUCAGCACCCCUUCUACAACCGGCCUUAUUUCCCCCAACAUGUGUAUCACCUGCCAAGGCUUUACCCCCAUCAUGCCCCCUCAUCCUUGCACCCUUCCAUUAAGCGUCCUGCUCAGCCCAAGGACAUCACUGGUGGACUUCUUUUAAGGUCACUGCCUUACAAAUCAAAGCAGGCCUCCCCUGCUGUCCUGCUGAGCACAAUGAGUACAGACGCAGUGUGCGAGUUCCUCAAACAGAUAGAUGGAAUCGACGCCAGCAUGCUGCGUCAGUACUCCUCCACCAUCAAGAAGGUGCGCUCGUCAGGAAUGUUCCAAAGUCUACACGUGGAGUCUUUUUUCAGCUUUCCUCAAACAUUGCAGGCAAAUAUAAACGGACGUGUGCUGGCACAGUGCAACCUGGAUGAGCUGAAAAACGAGAUGGAGAUGAACUUUGGUGACUGGCAGCUCUUCAGGGGAAUGGUGACGGAACAACGCCAUGCUGAAAGCCAGGCUCUGCUUCAGGAUGAGUCGCAUGCUGCUAAAGAGCAGGGCAACAGCGUAUACAACGGUGAGCCCAUCAGGCGCUCGGUGGGGGCUCCGCGGGAAGGAAAGUCCUUCAGCCUCAACCUGAGCUUUGAGGAGCUCAGCGGAGCUGGACUGGAGGAGCCCCCGAAACACAGCGGCAGCAACAGCUCGCAGUGGCCGUUGACGACGCUCCGCACCACAAGCAUGUCCAGCCUCAACUCGCAGGAAUCGUCCAACAACAUCUGCAAGUUGACCGACAGGCAGCAGGCCGAGUACCGAGACGCCUACGAAGAGUACAUCGCUCAGAUGGCCCAGCUGGAGGCCCCGCGCGGCUCCAAGGAGAAGUCCGUGCAGCCCCAGCUCUCAACCUUCCUCCAGGCUGCCAACUCGGAUGACAAAGGGGCUAAGGAAGGAGCAGACCAAGAUGGCCGCAAGACCUUCAUCAAGAGGGUUUCCAAGGCGACCGAGGCCACAGACGUUCCCCCGGGGGCCGAUGCCCAGCUCCUCGAUCCCAUCAGCGAGGAGGAUGAGAAGCUGGACCACAGCGCGAGCUCCAGGAACAACGCAGCCGGGUCGCGCUUCCGCAAGCUGUCCAGCGACGACGACUCGAGCCCAGAGGAGGCCGACAACACCACGCCGCUCCUCCAAAAGGAAGCCAAAGCCAAGUCUUCGCAUUUCCUCUCGAAAGGUCUCCUGGAUCUGAAAGAGUCCAGUGACAGUUCCCCCGAGGAGUCAGCAGGAGAACCCGGCCUGGCCAGGGGAGCGGCGAGGCCGGCCGCGAUGGAGCUAGAGCUGGAGGGCGUGGUCAAGAAGCGAGGCCUCCUCCCCAGCAGCCUCAGCUGCCUGCAGGAUGCCGCCGUGGCCCGCAUGUCCAUCUGCUCCGAGGCGGCCUCCGAGGCCAGCCUGAUGACGAGCAGCCCGGACGAAGGCUGGCCUCCCGGUGGCCUGAGCAACCUCAACCGCAGCGACAGCAACACUGCCCUCGACAACACUACCAGCGACGCCAAUUCCAACGCCAACAACAGCAGCCGCCAGCAGCAGCCGUCCGCCACCUCCGUCUCUGGCACCUCGCCGCCUGUCAUUAUCUCACCGGGCGGCGUCAACACCACCGUCACCACAGCUACCGUCCACCACAACCAGAACCUGCGCUCCAUCAACCUGGGAGACGAAAGGGAGAGCGUCCUUUAACGUGGUUUCUAAUCAUACUUCAGUGAUCAAUGUUGUUAUGUGAUGAAUAGAAUAGAGUUUAGCCUGUUAGGACAAAAUUGUAGAAUGUGUGUUACAUGUUAAUUACCAUAGUGUACUUAAAAAUAAAGGUGUUAAACUUGUAGUUAUAAUGAGGAGACUCAUGUCCUGUAAAUGUCUAAUCACUUGGGGUGCUGCUUAUCUAUAGACUGUAAUAGAAUUAGAAUUUUUUACGGGUCCAGACGUGAUUGCUCUCUGAACGUUGUUUGUCACCCGGGCCUUAAAAUGCCAUUGAUGAAAGUGAAUUAGAAGCGGAAAACUGUGCAGUUGUCGUGACUUUGUGCCGCUUGUUAGGUAGAAACGGCGUGCACGUCGUGAUGGGGUGUUACAUGUCAUGUGUCGUGUUUGCUGGUAUCAAUAUUUACUUUGUGGUGUUUUGGAUUAAUGGACUGUUCUGUUGUCAACAAUCAUUUGCAUGCACCUCAAGGCUCUGACAUGAUGUUCUGCCACCUUAAAUUUGUCAAACUGUUUCAUUAUUUCAAUCAAUACACUCAUCUGGAAGGUGAAAGCAUUGGAAUGAUUUUUUUUUAAUUUUAUUUUAUUUAUUCAUUUUUUUGUUUGUCUUUGCAGGAGAAUCAGAUCUUUCAAACUCACCUUGUCGAUAGAAGGAAGUUUUCACAGUACAGGCCUCCGCUAUAUGGUUGUCCAAUAGAUGGCGCACGUUCCCAACAAACUACUGCGCGCUGGGUGCCCAGAUGCAGGCUGUCAAGCUUGUCAGAGAUUCCCCCCCCCUUUUUUUUUUCUAAAGGGGUGCCUACAAGGGUCUUUUGAGGACACUAAAAAGGUACUUUGAAAAGGUUUUAAGAAGCUUAAUAUUUUAUAACGCAUUAUACAAAAUUUUAUACAUUACUUCUGAGGUUUUGUGGUUAGAUUUUUUUUUUCCGCUUUGUGUAGUAUUUGUGUGUUGUCCCUCUGUACGAGCGCGUUUUCACAUUCAAAAUAACGUGUGUUGAGUACUAUAAAUUGUCCACAGGAGUGAGUGUGAAUGGUCAGUUAUGUGACAAGAAACCUUGGAAAAAAAAAAAUUCUGUAAAACACGGAUGAAUGGAUUAUACACUACAUACUAUAGGUACACUGACGAGUAUCAUAAUUUCUGCCUUUUUAUUAUUGACAGCUCAUAUUUGCAGGUGAUUUAUGCCACAGCUAUACUGGAUCGAGCUUGUACACCAUCCUGAUAAAUCAUUUUGAGUCAAAUGAAGCAUUUCACUGUGACGCCAACAAAACCUUGAAACGGUGCCUUUAACUUUGUUCGCGAGCUGUCUUGUUUUCCCCAUUCAAAGCUACAUUUCCAUAAUUGUGCACUACUUUUCCCCGUAUACGCGUCCUUCGUAACAACACAACCGACAGCCCUUUAGCUUUAAUGUCUCAGCCUGUCACGCUAAGCCAUCUAAUCCCAUUUACUCUACAUGGCACCCAAGGAAGUAAAAGUGCAGUCAGCGUGCCCUACAUAAGCGUUUUAUGCAACGGGGCGCCCCGAGGUGCCGCUCGCCUCGCUGAGAGUGACGUACAGUCCUUGGAACCGUUCCGGGUCCCGUUUGAUCGGGACACUUGGUUAAUAUUUUGAGAAUUUUUGAUCAUGAACAUGUGGCUGAUGUACACUGCAAAGCGGUGAUUUGAAACCAUUUUCUGGUCUUUGUAGUCGUAUGCAAGCAAUACACGAUUUAUGAAACAAUCAGGGAGAUUGGACAUGGGGUGGACAUUUGGGUUUUGCCAAAUUGUUUAUCAUUUUUACAGUUACAUGGUGGGCAAGAACAAAUGUUGCGGUUGACCACAGAGGCCGCGGAGACAUAGGUUUCGGACCCUCAGCCUGACAUCUUUUCACCCCCCGAAAAAAAUGAGAGCGUUUCAGUGAAUUUUUUUCAUUUAUUUUGUAUAAAAAGGUACAAUUUACAUUACUUUUAUAAAAAGUUUCAUCAUAAGUACAACAUUACACUUUUUUUUGGCAGAAAUUCCUGCAACUAUACAAGAUCAACUCCCGGAGAGUUCACAAGGUGUCAUUCUUUUUCAGUUUCCUUCUUUAAACAACAUCCAGUCCUUCAUGUGCCAACAAUCCUGUCAAGACAAGACUAAACUUAUUUUUUUCAUUUUUUUUUUAAACAGUAAAUAACCAAAUUUCCACCUCCGCAAAAAAAGCGAAGACUUCAACAAAAAGGGAGAAUGAGGAGGAAUAGUAAUAAUAAUAAUCUUCAUGACAAUCUCAUUUUUCCUCCCACAACUGGGAAUAUAACGUGCCUUCCAUUUCCAGAAAGGACUCACAAAUAAAAAAAAUCUUUUAAGUUAAAUAAUAAUGGAAAAAAGCACAUCACAUCAUAAAGAUUGUCCCAUAGUUAGCAGAAAGUCUCAUGAUGGAAGGAGGAAAAAAAUAAUCCAGCAGGCCUGGAGGAGGACAGAGGUUGGGAUGGAUUUUUUUUUUGUUUUUUUUUCCCCUUAAGGAACGGGGUGGGGGAAGCCCUGCAUGCUCCCCAGGUCCUGUGAGAAUUUUUUUUUUUAACGCAUCUUGACCAAACACCUGCAAAAGAUUGAGAGAGAGAGAGAGAGAGA